AUGGAUCUGCUGUUGAGGAAGCCGCCCAAGAAAGGGACGAACGCGUUUGGAUGGUGGCCGCUCUGGCAGGAGGUGGUGCCGCUGGAAGAUGGACGCGCCGACAAGGCUUUGGUCAUAGCAAAUGUUGGCGCCGGAAUCAUGAUCGGCAUUCGGCAAGGGCUGUCAGCUAUGAUGACGGCCAGCCUCAUCUUCACAACCUCCGACGUCCCAGAGCUGAACAGAAUGUUUGCCUUCGGCAUCAGCAUGAUGUGGCUCUCCUCGGCGAUCUCGGCUGCUUGGUAUGGCGUUUUCGGACGGCUUCAGGCCGGCCUCAUCGGCAUCAAUGACGUCAUUGGAAUCCUGUGGGGGACCAUGGGCGGCCAGGUGGGUGUGGCGCUAGCUGAUGAGCCGACCAG